AUGGCAGAGGAGAUCAAGCAGAAGGUGCGCAAGAAGAUCGCCAAGAGGUUCAGCUCUUCCAUCGAAGGUGAUACUAUCGAAUUGUUCAAGUCCAAGUACCAAGGAGAAAGUGCAGCACGGGCGAUCAAAGAGUCAAUCCAGCCUUUGGUCCAAGAGUCGCAAACCCAGCGGCUGAUCGGAGAGUUUGUUGAGACAUUGGCUGUCGGGAUGCACGCCGCAGAGGAGACGAAGAGGGCAGAGUUGCAGAAAGCCUCACCGCCAAUGACUAUAACCAAUGUCUAUCGUCGCAAAGCCAAGCGGGAUGCUGUCACAAAGGACGAGCGAGAGAUCCUUACUCAUCUACACGUGCGUCUCGAACCCUACGAUACCGACAAGGAGCAACAGGGUGUUGAGCAGAUGGAAAUAAAUAAUGAAACUUGA